UUUUUCUUGCUUGUGUCCGUCCUUGUCCGUCACCUUUCCUUACCGCAGCGACCGCUAAAAUUAAUCUAGAAUCGUUUGAAAAUUCGAGAAACAUUAAUAAUUCGAGACUAAAAAUAACCAUCGAUAGUAGUGUCUAGCCAGCUAGAACAAGUGUGGGUGCUAAUAGAAGGAAAUAGUUCGUUUCGGCGCAGUUACCGAGAGCUUCCCCAAUGGCAGCGGAUCAGUCGGCCGCGGUGAUGCAUCCGGACGGGGUGGUGGUGGCGGCGAGCAGAACUAUCACAGAAACCAUCACACAGGAGCAGAUUCCGAGCACCAGCCGUCAGGAACCUCCCGUGUUACGGCUCCGGUUACAGAAGCCACGUUCGGACAAAAAAGUGCAAUGGACCAACGGCACCGUAGACAACGAACAUAUGAACAAAAAAAAGUCCAAAUGUUGCUGUAUCUAUGUCAAACCACGUGAAUUCGGCGAAAGUUCGUCGGAAAGCGAAGACGAGUGUGAGCACUGUUUUGGGCACGUAGAGCGAAAGAAGAAGCGCAAACCGAUUCCGGACUCGGACUCGGACGCGAUCGAUUCCAGCGGGGGUCCUUCCAAAGAUCCAUCAUCUGACGAGAAUAGAUCCAGUGGACCCGGAGACAGUGGGCCAAAUUCAUCGUAACACAAUGUUGUCUAUUAGGGGCAUUAAACCUGGCAGUACCUUUUAGCGUUGGAAUUUAUCUUUGGCUUACAAUAUUAUUUUAUUAUGCAUUUUA